AUGUAUCUCACUACCUCAACAGCGAUAUUGGCGACGACGAUUCAUCUAGUCUCAGCAGGCGUACUGAUUCCAAGAGAUAUUUCGACGGAUAAUAGUUGUGGAACUACUGGAUCGGGAGGAAGUCCUAGUGCUUUCACUUGUCCUACGGAUUUGCCUUGCUGUAGUGUAAAUGGCUGGUGUGGAUCAACUGAUGCGUAUUGUCUUGCUUCGAAUGGAUGUCAAUCCGGAUUUGGAACUUGCAAUACCACAACUACUACUUCAGAUGGGGACAGUGCUGGAUCCGGCGGAGAAUGCGGACCUGGAAAGGGAAAUUGUAUAGCAUCUGAAUGUUGCUCAUUAGCUGGAUUCUGCGGCACUGGACCUGAUUUCUGUAAAGCACCAGACUGCCAGUUCAACUUCGGACCCGCCUGUGACGCCAAUGCCAUUCCCGCAGGCACAAACACAUCAUCUAUCCCACGUACAAAAAUCGGAGAUGUAUUAUAUGGCUCUGCGGGUAUCUAUGAUUGUGCAGUUGCUGGGGAUAUGGCACUUACAUUCGAUGACGGACCAUAUAUCUACACAAGCCAUAUCCUGGAUUUGUUAAAAGAAUAUAAUUCUAGUGCUACAUUUUUCGUUACUGGGAACAAUAACGGAAAAGGACAAAUCGACAACAUAUCACUUCCAUGGCCUGCACUUCUCCAACGCAUGAACAGCGAAGGCCACCAAAUAGCAUCCCACACCUGGUCCCACGCCGACCUCUGCAACAUCACCUCCACCGAGCGCAAAAAUGAAAUGUUCAAGAGUGAAAUGGCGAUCCGGAAUGUAAUCGGUUCUAUACCGACAUAUAUGCGUCCACCGUAUUCAAGUUGUACCGCCGAAUGUGGUUGCGAAGCAGACAUGGAAGAACUAGGCUAUCACAUAACAUACUUCGACCUCGACACAUCCGACUACCUCAACGACUCACCCACGCUAAUCUCCAACUCCAAAACCAUAUUUGACGCCGCUCUCGCCGGGAAAUCCUCCGCGACAGAUGAUUUUCUAGUGAUAGGCCACGAUAUCCACAACCAGACGAGCGAGGUGCUGGUAGAGUACAUGUUGCAGGGGAUGCAAAGGGAGGGAUAUAGGGGGGUGACGGUGGGUGAGUGUCUGGGCGAUGCGAGGGCGAAUUGGUAUCGUGUUGAUGGGGAGGUGGUUUUGGGUAGUGAGGGGAGUUAG